AUCAAAGCAAAGUAAAAUAGAACAUCAUCAUGUCGUCUGCUCCUCCAAAACAACCCUCUUCUCUUUACCCACAGGUCGAUCUUUCAAACCCACACGCUACUUCACCUUCAUCUUCAUCUUCCUUGUACCCUUCUUUGGACACGAAAGAUUUAAUCGAAAAUCUCUUCCCCGAAGAUCCCACCACCUACCAAGAUUCUGAAGAAAAACUCCUCCUCAAGGUCCCCGGUGCCAUCGUUCACCUUAUCGAACCACAAACCAGCGUAGAGGUUGCUUCUGGUGACCUCUCUUUUGUUAGUCUCCUUCAAGGCGGCAACGUUGUAGCCGUUUUUGCUCGUAUCGGUGAUGAUAUCCAGUGGCCUUUGGCUAAAGAUGAGCCCGUUGUUAAGCUCGAUACUUCCCACUAUUUCUUUACUCUUCGAGUUCCCUCCGAUAAAGAUUCUAAACAAACCGAGGAUGUUUUGAACUAUGGCUUGACGAUUGCUGCAAAAGGGCAAGAGGGUUUGUUGAAGGAGCUGGAUAGACUCUUGGAGACUUACAGUUGUUUCUCGGUUCAAGAAGUGAAAGGGAUAGAGAACUGGAAUCUUGUGGACACAAGGAAUGUGGCGCCCGAAGAGUUCGACAGGAAGGAGAAAAGGGACUUGAUUGUGGGAAGUUCAAUGGCAUAUUGGACGACUCUGGCGCCCAAUGUUGAAGACUAUAGCGGAUCUAUAGCAAGGGCAAUUGCUUCAGGGUCAGGGUACAUUGUGAAGGGAAUUUUGUGGUGCGGUGAUGUCACUGUAGAUCGGUUGAAAUGGGGCAAUGAGUUCUUGACUAAGAGGAUGAAACCUGGUUCAACCUCAGAGAUCAGUCCAGAGGCAUUGAGAAGGAUGAAAAGGGUUAAGAAAUUAACAAAGAUGUCAGAGAAAGUGGCCAGUGGGAUUCUUUCUGGAGUGAUUAAAGUGUCAGGGUUCUUCACAGGUUCAAUUAUUAACUCCAAAGUAGGCAAGAAAUUCUUCAACCUGCUGCCUGGGGAAAUCGUUCUUGCUUCCUUGGAUGGAUUUAAUAAGGUUUGUGAUGCUGUUGAAGUAGCUGGAAGAAACGUCAUGUCUACCUCAUCUGUUGUGACAACUAAACUUAUUUCACAAAGGUAUGGAGAGAAGGCAGGAGAGGUGACAAAUGAAGGGCUUGAUGCAGCAGGACAUGCAAUUGGGACUGCGUGGGCAGUGUUCAAGAUAAGAAAGGCUCUUAAUCCCAAGAGUGCAAUCAAACCCACAACACUUGCAAAAGCUGCUGCACAAGCUAAUGCUGCUGAAUUGAAGACCAAAAAUAAGAAGUGAAACUCAUACGUAUCAUACAAAUAGUUUCGGGGCUGCUUUUUAGUUAGCAAACCAAAAAA